GGAAUUAAAAGGAAGAGAUUAAAAAAUGUGUUCCAGAGUUUUUUUUAGGAAGGGAAGUGAUGAGAAAAGAAAGGAAACAAGGGGAUGAUUGAUGCAAAUAUUCAUCCUCCCAAUUUGGAGUGAUUUGGUGAGAAAAGAUUAUUAUAAAUCUUAGACAUUUUUAAAUUUCCUAAACUACCCUCUAAUUCAUUAUAAAUAAAAUAGCGUACACCAUUCUUUAACCUAAUACAUUGUUUUUUUCUCUGGCGCCAAAAUCAUCAGUUUGCUCCUCUUCUGCCGCCAAUUUUCUCAUCCAUCUCGAUAACCAGAAAAUCAUCAUGAUCAAACUUGAAGUCAGUGGAAAUACCAGUAAGAAGGAACAAUUGAAGUGGACAGAGAUUAUGGACAAUGCCUUCAUUCAAGCAAUGAUAACGCAACAAGAUAAAGGUAAUAGGAUCAAUGGGACAUUUACUACACAGGCAUACGCUAAUAUGAUUGAAGAGUUGACUACAAAACUUCCAAGAGAUAUUAUUAAAAUGGAGAUUACUAAAAACCAUUUGAGGAAUCGUUUAAAAACACUAAAAAUACGUUUUUCUCAAUGGUACGAUAUGUUUCGAGGAACUUCAUUGAGUGGGUUCUCAUGGAAUCCUGAUACUCAACUAAUUGAAGCAGAGGAUGAAGUAUGGAAUAAGUUGAUAGAGUCAAAACCCGAGGCUGCAUCAUUGAAGACAAAAAAAGUGUCAAACUACAACGAACUAUUAGCGCUAUUUGCAAGGGAUAGGGCGUCGGGUAUACAUGCUGAAACUGCUAAGGAAAUGAAUGCUCGAUUGAACAAUAACGACACCAUUAAUAUAGAAACGAUUACAGAUGUGGAUGACUUACUAGCGACCAAUGAAAUAACUUUGGAGAACGAGUACAAUAUUGAAGAUGAUAUUCAAGUAUUAGGUACUACGCCUCCUCCCCCUGAACAAUCUUCUAAUGCAAAAAAGUAUAAAACUAAAAAAAGAAAACUAGAGCAAGAAGAUGAAACAUUUAACUCAAAGCUUAUAAAUUGCUUUGAGAAUGUUGCUAAUGCUAUUGUAGAUGGCAAUAAAAUAUUAGAUAGAGUUCAUCAUCGUGAGUAUACAGGUGAGGAAAUUUAUAAGGAAUUGGCGCCGAUGGGUUUGGAGUCCCAUGAAAUACCGAAGGCUUUAAAUUAUUUAGCGACCAAUCAGGCAAAAGCAAGGACAUUAUUUAGUUGUCCUCCUGAAAUACGAAUGGAUGUACUUAAAGAUAUGAUGGGUGCGGAUAAAUAAACGAGUCCAAAAGAUGAUUAAAGGAUUACUCGUUUUUUUGUUUAGUGAUUUCGGACAAUUAAGACAUUUUAAUUUCUUUUAUUGGGUACUUUAUUUUUUGGUUAUGUAUGUCGAAGACAAUUUCUAGUUGAAGGAUUCAUGUUAUUCAUUGGUUGAA